AACAAAAAGCGAGGACUCAUCACUUUGGCUGCGGUCUGGGUGCUCGCAAUGGUUAUCUCCAUCGGCCCUCUGUUAGGUUGGAAGGAUUUUAGCGAUGUGUUUCCGAGUCUACCUGGCAGCCAGGAGAGAGACCAAGAGUCUGUAUUCUGGGAUUAAGAGAGAACGACUGAGCUCCACAGAGGAAGAAGUCACUCUGAGGAUCCACAGGAAGAUCUCAACAGGGGAGAGCUCCUUAAGCAAACACGUGCAGCCUUCUAAGAGCAAUAGUCUGAUAAGCUCGUUUUCUUUUAGGAUUCACAAGUUCUCCAAGGAAAAGAAAGCAGCAAAAACACUGGGAAUAGUUGUGGGAGUCUUCGUUCUCUGCUGGCUGCCUUUUUUUGUUGCACUCCCCUUAGGUUCAUUUUUCCCCCAAGUACAAACCUCCUGAAGAUUUAUUUCAAAAGAGCCUUCACGUGCAUUCUUAAGGGCCAGUUCAGGAGAAGAACCCCAUUUCAUGCUCAGCAUCAUUUCACCUCCCGAACCAGCAUGGAGAUGACAGU